AUGCCUUUCCCGAGGGUGUUAGUGCGCGAGUUAAUCUCUCCCCCACUCUCUCUCUCGCUCUCUCUCUCUCUCUCUCUCUCACCGUUGCUAGUUGGAGGGAAAUUUCUUCCUUUAUUUCCUGUUCCUGUAACGAAAUUUUCUAUUUAUCGUGUUGAUUAUUCUUUGAAUUUUACUUUCUCUAUCACUCUCCUUUUCUCUAUCUCUCUCUCUCUGCUCCCAACUUCUAUCUCUUUCUCUCUCGCUCUCGUCCUAUCCCUUUCUCUCUCGUCUUAUCCCUUUCUCUCUCUGCAAAUAUUCUCUCUCGGUUUUUCUGUAUCCUCUCCCUGUCUCUCUUCUUGUAUCUCUCUAUCUCUCACACAUUUCUCUCACCCUCUCUGCAUCUACCUUCGUCUCUUCUAUUUUCUGCCUCUCUCUUCAUCUCUCCGUUCCUCCCUCUUUGUAUCCUUCUUCAUAUCUCUCUCCAUCUCUGACCUCCUCUCUCUCUUUCUCUUCUCCUCCCGCCCUCUACGUAUUUUUCUAUCUCUCAAACAUUUUUCUCGCCCUUUCCGGAUCUACCUCCAUCUCUUUCAUUUUGUGCAUCUCUCUCCAUUUCUCUUUGCAUCUUUCUUCAUGUCUCUCCAUCUCAGUCCACCUCUCUCUGUUUCUCUAUCUCUCCACGUAUCUUUCUAUCUCUCCCAUAUUUCUCCCACCCUCUCUGCAUCUAACUCUAUCUCUCCCAUUUUAUGCAUCUCUCUCUAUUUCGGUCUACCUCCUUCUUUGUAUCCCUCUUCAUAUCUCUCUGCAUCUCUCUCUUUCCCUCUUAUCAUUUAUCUCUCUUUCUCUCUCUUUAUCUAUCUAUCUAUCUAUCUAUCUAUCUAUCUAUCUAUCUAUCUAUCUCUCUCUCUCUCUAUAUAUAUAUAUAUAUAUCGGAAUCUAUUUCUAUCUUUAUCUAUUUCCAGCUCUCUUUCUCUCCCCAGUUAUCUUUUGGGAGUAAUUAGGGGGUCAUAA